AUGGAUGCUGAGAGUAGCACGAAGGUCGCAGCGUUGCUGCUGUUGAUCCUCGCCGUCCUCGGGAUCUUCGGCAAUGGGAACAUUGUUGCGGCGACAUACAGGAAUCGGUAAGCGGUUAUUAUUUUUAUUUUCUUUUAUUUCUUCGAGAACUAACAGGGGAAGUACUCCAAGUGCGAUUUUGAUGAAAUUUGGCACAAAUUUAAAAAGAUUUUUAGAUCGAAAGUCGGCGAAAAUUUCGAACUUUUUGCCGAAUUUUGGCACGAAAAGUUUCAUGCCUAUUUCUACCGUAAAGAAUAAUGUUUCUACAAAAAAUCAAAUUUUUCCGCACAAAACUGCCAAAGUUAUGGCCACAAGCGGUUUUCUCUCUGACCGCUCUCCACGUUUAGCGUGCUCUCUCGGCGUCAAAAAUCGUUCGAUAUCUUGGCGGCGCCCGCAAAGCGCGAGCUAAAACUUUCAAGAAUUGAUAUUUAGUCCAUACACGACGUGUGUGCAAAAUUUAAAGAAAAUCUGAGCGUCGCACUUGGAGUACUUCCCCUGUAAGUUGAUACUUGCCUACUAGUUGCGCCAUAAAGUCCUGCCACAUUUGAACUGGAUAUAUAAAUUAUAUUUUUUUUUUGUUUUUCUUUUGCGCCCGUCGCCGCAAUUUUCCGGUGCGCAGUGCAGCGGGAACUUUUGUUUUCGCACAGUGCGUGUCGCCGAAGUCACUCCAGCGACAUUGCGAACGAAUCAGUAGGAGUGUCGCUGCAGCUAGUCGGUUUUUUGAGGCCUUGCAAAAUGUCCUUCGGCUAGAAUCACCAAUACUUUACUGGCUCUCUACCGUAAGAAAAUAAGGGCCUUGCGACUACUUUUUUCGGUGGAGAAGGGACCUGAUCCUGAGGAAAAAGCGGAGAGCUCUUUUUGCGAGAGAAAUGGCGCGCCCUUCAAAACGGAGUUUUUUCACUUGGAUAGGGAGGCAUUUUGAUACGUUUUUUGAUACCUCUCGGACGCAAAAUGGUACGUUUUUUGUCACUGUGUCAGGUCCGCCACUCUAAACUAUUGAAGAUUUGGACAAAAGAAAAAUACAGGGCGAUAAAAAAUGCAGUACCCAAACCACAUUUUUCCUUCAUGCUUUGACAGUUUUCACUUAUGUAACCCUUUUUUCAGCUCACUCCGAUCCACAUGCAACACUUUCAUUGCGCUAACCGCCUUGGCCGACAUUGUCCACCAAUUCGGCAUAUUCCUCUUGGCGUACACUGUUUUCACCACAACCUUUACUCCAGCGGCAUUAUGCUUCAAGUUACAAGUCGUGCCUUCAUUCGGAUGCAGUUGCUCUUCAAUGCUGCUACUUAUUACCUCCAUCGACCGUUUAGUUUGCAUAGCCAACCCAAAGGUUUACGAAAAAAAGAAAAAAUCCGCAAUAUUGUAUUGGGGAUUAGUGGUUACCGUGCUUGUUUCGGGGGUGUUUCCAGUCAUUUCGUACCUCAAGAUGGAUGAUACGCCCAGAAUUUGCUCACCGUUACAAGACAUGCCUCUCACGGUAUUGCCAUUGUAUUUUAUGUUUAAUUUUGUGGUAAUCAUGAUGACGUUGAUCGCGUAUCUUAUCAUCUGGAUCAACGUUCGCCACAAGAAUUAUCGAAAGUCGAAACAACUGCUGAGAUCAAUCACAGCGAUUAGUUUGUGCAUCUGCUGUGGAUGGUUGCUGAACAUGACGAUUGGAGUGGCGGUGACGAAGCUGAUGGUCUCGAUAGACUACUCGAUUCCACUGUUUAUUGGGAUGCUGAUGAACAUCUCCAUUGUCCUCAACUAUCCAUUGCUGUUUACGUUGAGGUGAGCGAAAAUUAUUUCUUAACUUAUGUAUACAUAUAUAUACAACUUUUCAGCCGCGACUACAACACAGCCUUUACGGAGCAGCUUCGGAUAAUCAUGUGCAACAAGCUUCCCGUCCAGCAGAAGAUAGAGAAUCACACUGUUCUCAGCCUGCGGUCAUUGUAUUAA